AUAGUUUGACUGUGAUUCGUGGUCGUUGUGUCUUUAUGAAACCCUUGCAGGCAGGUACAGUGGGCGUGGCCACCUUAUAGAGGCUGACCUACCUCCGUCUGACUGAGCCGCUCUCACAGGAGCGAGGACAUACCGAGAAGGAAGCGGUUGUUUUGGGUCUCUGGGCCCCACUUGACUCACAACUUUAACCAUGGAUGCCAAAUAUACCCAUGCUCGUGAAGAGCGAAUAGACUUUAUGAACAACAGAGAGAAAAAAUCUUCAUCUUCAAGUCGGACUUUGGGGAUCAUAUUUGGUGUUCUUUUGGCAAUCAUCAUUGCUGCUGUUACAGCUUUCCUCAUUUGGUUUUUUGUUUUCAAAGAAGAGAAGAAGCAGUCCGGUCUGCUUACUUCACCAUCAAAACGUGUUUUCAGUGGGCACAUGAAGCUGGCUCAGGUGAAUUAUGACGAAAAGCUGGAGGACACCAGCAGCCAAGAGUUCAGAGACUUUGGAGAAAAACUGCAGCAGGAGCUGGAGACGCUUUACCAGACAGAUCCACUUCUCACCAAAUAUUACACAAAAUCUGUGGUUACGGCUUUCAGUGAAGGGGUAAUAGCCUAUUACUGGUCCCAGUUCGACAUUCCAGCUACUGACUUGGAGAUGCUGCCGGAGUUCUCAGAGGAGCGGAUUUUGGAUGCAUUGGAAAGUGGCAUCCAGAAGCAGCGCAGGGGAAUCCAACCAAAUGAUGUCAAGAUCAUUGAAAUCACAGCUUCGGCCACAGAUUCGCGGAUGGCCAGGAUCCCCACUGAAGAGGACUGUUUUUACCGCUUGGAGGCAGAAGAUGUGGAAAAAAUGUUUCAAUCUCCGGGGUACCCCAGUGGCUACGAGGCCAAAACUCGAUGCCAAUGGCAAAUUCGAGCAGCAGUAGAGAACACCGUCAUUGUUAACUUUCCUAAUUUUGACAUUGAAGACGACUGCACCGAUGACUUCGUUUCCAUUUUUGACUCGUUGAGUCCGGAUUACUCUCAGGCUAUCACAAAGCAGUGUGGACAAAGGCCUCCUUCCAACCCUCUGGAGGUCGUGUCUUCUGGCAAUAUUAUGCUAAUUAACUUCAUUACUGACAGUUCUGUCCAGAAGCCGGGUUUCAAUGCAACCUACAAAAUAAUCCCCAAAAUUAAAGCUCAAACAUGUGGCGAACUGCUGACUGGAAGUAAGGGAGUUUUCACCUCUCCGCUUCACCCUAAAUUCUAUCCCCCUGCUGUGGACUGCAAGUGGACCAUCAAGGUUCCUGAGGGGAGUAAAGUACGUGUAAAAUUCAACAUGUUCCGCAUGAAAGAGCCUGGAGUUGAUGUCAGCAAUUGUCACAAAGACUAUGUGGAAAUAAUGGACACCAAGUAUUGUGGAGAAUUGUCUUCUUUGUCUUUGACCAGUGAAACAAACGUACUUGACGUGAUGUUUCAUUCUGAUGAGUCUUACACCGAUAAAGGCUUUACUGCAGAGUACACAGCCUUUGAUCCCAAAAACCGUAAGAUGAAUCUUUUCUUGUAUUAAAAUGCCUGUAAUUGUUUUCAAGAUGGGUAAAUGUUAUAAAAUAGAAUAAACAUGGCUUGCCUGGCGUUGUAUGAGGAGGUCUAGAUUGGCAGAGAUGGGCAUUGUUCAGAAAAUGUAUUAGAGCUGUAAGUAGGUGGUGAGAUAUGCUUUAGGUAUUAUAGAGGAGGUGGGACUCCACCAAAGAUCAGCUUCGAUCUUUGAUUCUCACACUGAUUGAAAUUAAACAGGAAUCUAUGUGGAUCAUCAUAUUUGCAGAUGACAUUGUGAUCUAUUGUGAGUGAAGGGAGCAGGGGGAGGAACAUCUAGAGAAGUGAAGGUUUACUUUGGGAUGUCAAGUUGUGGAAAUCACAGAGAAUGGCUGUAAACAUGAGAAUGACUUGAGUGGAAUGGUGAGUGUACAAGUAGCAAAGGUUAGGAAGAUGGAGGACUUUGAGUGAAUGGAAAGAAUGGGAGAAAAGUUGAAGAUGAUUGUGUUAGCAGGCUGAAACAUGUGGAGUAAAGUUUCAGUUUGGAUGUGCUACUAAAGCAUGACAGGAGAAGUAAAUAAUACUGUGGAGAGCCACCGGACACUGGCUUUGAGAAAGAUUGGAGGCAGACCGGGAGGUGGCAGAGAUGAAGAUGUUGAGGUUGAAAGAUGCUAAGACUGGGGCAGCCAGGAAAGAGGCCUAGAGGAAGAUCAGAGUCUUGAUGAAGUAAAGAACAACAUGUGAAGGGACUGGUUCUGGUGAUCCCUAAAGUAAACACACAGAAGACAAAGAAGACUCUCUUCCGUUAGGUUGUGUAGUGGACCAUGGUUGACUCUCAAUGAAAUAUAGCAGUUUUAGCACACAUUCUAUGGAAACUACUGUUGCAAAAUUUUGCUUGAGUUUGCUUUUUGAGUCCAUUUUAAUAUCACCCAGAAGCAGACCACUUUUAGCUCUUUCUUUUGUGCAUGUUAAAUUGUACUUAAAUACCCUAUUUUCUGGACUAUAGAGUGCACCUGUAUAUAAGCCGCAUCUGCUCUAUUAAAAAAAAUAAAAAAUUAAAAGAUGUAUUAGCUGGAGAUAUCUGUGUUAAAAAUAUAGAUAUUUACUACAUGUAUAGAAGGAUUAUGUACUAUAGCCUACAUGUACAAGUAUGUACCUGCCACCUCCAAUGUCUUACCAUAGAUUCAUUGAUGCUAGGCUUGCCAGCAGCAGCGCAGUUUAAUUCCUGGAUGACAAGAUCAAUGCUCUUCAACUCAAAACUUGCAUCAUUCCAACUUCUUCUUCUGGUUUGAAGGGGCAAGAUUUGAAAAUAAUUACCAGUUAGUAAUUUCUUGUAUGUGUUCUAUCUGCUAAAUAAAAAGUUGCAUAGGC